CACCAAAGGAGCCGCCGCCGCCGCCGCCGCUCCUUUUAUUUUUUUGGAGACUCCAAAAGGAUCCUUCUUCCCUUUCAUGUGCCGCCCCGCUCCAAUCGGAAUCCAGAGGCUGCCUGCAAGUGGUCUAAUCUCAAUGAGGUGUCAAUCAUGUUCCCCGGUGGGUGAAGUAAGGUCUUUUGUAACCGCCUCUGUUACAAGCGAGACUUGAGUCGAGAGGGAGAGGAGAGGAGAGGAGAGAGACGCAGCCAGGGCGCUGAGUUCAGAGCUGCUUUUGCUGCUGCUGCUGCUGCUGCAAGUGUGCAUCUAUCUAUCUAUAGAUCUGCUCCUCUGUGCAUUCCCCCCCCCGCCGCCCAUCUCUCUUUUCCAUCGUUGCUUUAAUCAAGGAAAGGGGACGGUCGGAGCACAUGGAUUUCUAAAAAGAAGAAGGGAAAGGGACCCUCUUGGAAUUGAGAGAUUGUUGUUGUUGAAGAGAGCCAACAAGCCGGCAGUGAUGCCCCCAGCUCAGCCCUGAAGCCCACUCCCGAUGCCCUCGGGUUUGCAGAUCCAUGCCGAGAGAUGGGGAAACUUCACUCAAAACAUGCUGCUGUUUGUAAACCUCGAGAAAGCCCAGAAGGUGAUAGUUUUGCUGUGAAUGCCUCGCUGGCUCGGAAAGGGCUAGAGGACUGGAUGGUGAAGCAGAAAUACUCUGGCAGUGGAAGCAGCAGCGGAGGCAGCAGCCUAGGACUUCAGCAAGGCUGCCAGCACCGGGCUCUUUGCAGGCUGUCUGGUUCCAGGGAUGCAGCUGGUGAAGUUUACAGGGAGGCAAUUGAAAAUGAACACUUUCACCUGGAAGUGGCUUUGCCUCCAGAGAAGACAGAUGGAGUUUGCAGUGGCGAUGAAAAGAAAGUGGAGAAGGAAACUGAUACACGUACCAAUGUCAAGAAGCAGCUAAAAUUUGAGGAAUUGCAAUGUGAUGUGUCCGUUGAGGAAGACAACAGGCAAGAGUGGACCUUCACGCUUUAUGACUUCGACAACAAUGGCAGAGUCACGCGUGAGGACAUCACCAGCUUGCUUCAUACCAUCUAUGAAGUAGUUGAUGCUUCAGUAAACCACUCUCCCAGCUCCAGUAAAACCUUGCGGGUGAAGCUCACCGUAGCUCCAGAUGGGAGUCAGAAGAAGAAAAGUAUCCUACUGAACCAUGCUGAUCUUCAGAGCUCGAGGCACCGAACGGAAAGCAAGGCCAAUGAAGAACUGAGGAGUUGUGAGAAGAAGCAGAGGGGCUCCCUCAGGUACCACCAUGGUGAAGCCAAAACUGAACAGAAUGGAUGCUAUCGUCAUUGUGUUGAUGAAAAUAUUGAAAGGAGAAACCACUAUUUGGAUCUUGCAGGAAUAGAAAACUAUACGUCAAAAUUUGGGCCAGGAUCACCACCAGCGGCUCAAAAACACGACCCUCCCAUCCGAGUCGCAAACCAAACAAGGUCCCGUUCCCACGAGCCAGAAAUCUUCCACGCCCACCAGCGCAGAUCGCCAGCAGCGGACCCCGGCCACGUCAGUUUGAUGGAAGCCUCCUACGCAAAGCUUGCAGAGAUACAGCAGAGGCUGCGGAGCCAAGAUGCGAGCAGGCAUUUUGCCAAGUCUCCCAAAGCUCAGGGCAGAAAUGCCUCUUCCGCCAACGCGGGGAGGGCCGUAAGGAGUAAGCCUGCCCAGGGGGCCUCCGUGCCGAUGGCUUCCCCCACCACGCGGCUGGGCCCGAACCUCCCUUAUCUCCCCAUGCAGCCUCAGCCGGCUUACAAGAAACACAAGCAGAGGGCCAAAGAGACUCACCAAGUCUGCAAAACCUUCCAGCCCCCCGGGACAGUUUUCGAAAAAGAGCACGUGAGAGACCUGCCCGCUGUCAUCUUGUACGAAGGCCAAGUGGGGCAGAUGAUUCAGAGACACGAGCACCACCACCACCACGAGCACCACCACCACUAUCACCACUUCUACCAGACAUGAAAUGGACCCCCUGCUGCCGUCCGUUUGCGAACCAUCCCAAUAUGAAGGAGGCCUUUUUAGCUGCCACACUCUGGAAGAAAAGUGUUCUUCUUAUUAACCUUGUUGCUACUCCAUUAAUAUUCUGCUAGCACCCAUCUUAGGAGUUAUAUGAAAACACUAAGAUUAAUAACAAUAAUAAUAAUAACCUAACACUAUUUAUAUUAUGUGGGACUGUGUAGCUUACUUUAUUAAUUUGUGGAUUUAAAGUUUGGCUUGUACAAGAACACCCGUGCACAAGAGCAAACAGCCAUAGCUAUCAUCACGAGCAGUGCUUGAACGCAGGUUGUCAAUGCACUUCUGGCAAGGAUCCCUUCCUCCGCGGUAACUGGAAGAGAUGCUGCAAAACAAUAAGGCUAUGACACCCAGCUUGUCCCAUUCGUUGCCUCAUUGCACACAAGCCCAUCAUCAGGGGAGCAAUGUUCGAAGGUUCUGGACUCCGGGAAUAUAAACAGCUGCUACCUCUCGUAUAAUUCAGAACUUUUUAAUGAUUGUAUUGUGCUAUGUCGGGGUGGGGCUGGGGGGGGUUGUUUUUAUUUGAUUGCAUUCAUGUAGCCUGUAUAUGUUUUACUCCUCACCUCCUUGCAAGCUAUAUAUUAAUAUUAAUUAUGUGGAAAUAACUAACUAUAUUUGUCAACAGAGCUACGUUUUUCAACUUAUUUCCCCACCCCCUUUUUUACCAUUUUCUUUUUAAACAGACACCUUUACGGUCUGCUUUAUAUAUUGGGUACUAUUUAAACAUAUAUUUUCUCUUU